AUGUGGCCGGACAGCAGAAGCUCACUUCCAUUAGACACAUACUACGCAGGAAUUCUUCAUAUUCUCACUUGCAUUGAAAUUCCACUCCACACUUUCGGAGCCUAUCUGAUAGUUGCGAAGACUCCGAAGAAAAUGAGAAUGGUGAAGGCUAGCAUGCUGAUGCUCCAUUUUUCUGGAGCAAUCGUGGAUUUUUAUCUGAGCUUCAUUUCAAUCCCAGUGCUCACUUUACCCGUUUGCUCUGGAUAUCCAUUGGGCUUCUCGCUAGUUUUAGGAAUUCCAACGUCUGUUCAAGUUUAUAUCGGAGUUUCAUGUAUGGGAGUAAUCGGCGUAACUAUUCUCGUAUUUUUUGAAAAUCGUUACUUUCAAUUAAUCAAUGGAAGUUCUGGCCGCAGAAGUUGGAAGCGAAAACUAUAUGUUCUGUGUAAUUACGCGUUUUCUGCAACUUUCAUAGCUCCAGCGUUUUUAGACAUUCCUAGUGAAGAACAAGGAAGAACGUACACUUUUGAAAAAAUCCCGAGCAUCCCUAUCGACGUGCCUUCUCGUCCUGGUUAUUUUGUCCUAUUAAUUGAUAACCCAACCUACAGUAUUUGUGUUAGUCUCUUAGUAAUUAUAGUUUGUCCACAAAUUGGUAUAGUCGUUUUGUUCAUCUUCCGUUUUAUCGUUAACACAAAAUCACAUUCUCGAGCCACACAGCGUUUACUUCUUCACUUCUUCAUAGCGAUGUGUAUUCAACUGUCUAUUCCAUUUUUGGUCAUCUUCUUGCCGGCUGCCUUUAUAGUGUACGCGAUUCAAUAUGAUUAUUAUAAUCAAGCAGCAAACAACUUGGCGAUGGCAACAAUGGCAUUCCAUGGGGUAUGUACUACACUGACCAUGAUCAUCGUGCAUACACCGUAUCGUAACGCUACUUUGAGCAUUUUACAUCUGAAAUCGGAGAAAUCGGCAAAAAUUGUGAAUGAUUCGAAUAUUGUGUGGAAAACUAACAAGGGACUACAGAUGACAUAA